AUGAUUGCCCAGCACAGGGAGGCCUUCUCUAGCAGUGCCCUCCGUCUCAGAGUGGACGGGCAAGACCGCGCCUACAAGUUCAUGUUCGCUCAGAAGUCCCCCGUGGUUCUCCGGGUGUCGCCCCUGGAGCAGAUCGAGCACUUCUGGGAGCCCCGUUCCGUGGACUCCAACAACUGGGAGACCAUCGGUCUGGACAGGCCCGUGCGGCACAUCUUCGAGGCCGACUUGUUCACCAGCAUGGGGUGGAAGGACCUCCCCGAGGUGGCGGCGGGCGACAUCUCUGUGUUGUUCGGCUUGACGCACACUGGUGGUCGCGAGGUUGCGUCGGAUUCGACUUGGCAGCCGUUGGAGGAGAUUCUCAGAGUCCUGCCUGUCAAGCUGUCCGCGGGUGGCGGUGGAGGCCGUCCGCGGGUGCCCAAAGAUGAGCUGUUGAAGUUGCAGAAGGACUUCCCGUGGCUGGAGGGCUUGAUCGGCGAUCCGGAGUCGAAUUCGAGCGGCACCAGGGCGGGCGGCAGUGGCGACGACCACGUGGAUUUGCCCAUGUUUGAGGAGUCCGACGACGAGGUCGAUGUCUUGUUGGACGAGCUGCGGGCACGGAGAGCUGACUGGGCCACUCCCGACGAGAUCUUCGACAUCGACACGGACUUCCGGGUGACGCUGCUGGGCGGCAAGUGGUUGGCCAUGCACAAGGGCAAAGCGUGCGACGCUUUCAGAGGCCAGGUGCGUCUCAACACUGCGGCUGCUCGGUGGGUCUCGCGGUGCGGUCUUCAGAAGUCCAGCCGGUACGAUAUCGACAAGUUCACUGAGAGGGGUGCGCAUAUGUGCGCGCAGGUGUGGCGCUUGGCCAUGCAUCACUUCUUUUGCAUUUGGAUGGGGCAGCCUCUGACUGCAUACGCAUUCACGCAGGCAGAUUUCAAUAGUUGGAAGCCCCCGCAAGAGUUUCUAGACCUGUUGCCUGGUUUGCAUGUCCAGGCGCAAGAGCGCGCGCAAGCUUUGGUAAGGUUCCGCCCCUACUGA